UCUAAUACACCUUUUACUCUUUCCUAAAUGCUAGUGGCUCUCUCGCUUUUCCCAACUUUCUUGAUCUCAAUGUUUCAAGUCUUAUUUCAUGUUGGCAGUUAAAGAUAAUAGCAUGAGAAGAGAUGGAUAGAGAAGCUAAAAAUGAGAAUUCUUCUUCUUUUCUCUCCAUUAACGAUAACAAAGAAGAGUCCCCUAGAAAGCCACAAGGUGGGAUUGGGGGUGGCAAUAGUGAUAGAUUGAAGAGAGAUGAGUGGAGUGAAGGUGCUGUUUCAAGCCUUCUUGAAGCUUAUGAGUCUAAAUGGACACUUCGAAACCGUGCAAAACUCAAGGGACAAGAUUGGGAGGAUGUUGCCAAACAUGUGUCUUCACGUGCAAACUCGUCUAGGUCUCUAAAGACACAAACACAAUGUAAGAAUAAGAUUGAGUCGAUGAAGAAAAGGUAUAGAUCGGAGUCUGCCACAGCUGACUCUUCGACAUGGCCGCUUUAUCCUCGUCUUGAUCAUCUCCUCCGUGGAAAUGCUCCUCCUCCUCCU